AUGGUGGCAGGAGGCGGCAAACGCCGGCGGGGCGAAAGGCGAGAGAAAAGACUGAAUCCGGCUUCGCAGGCGCGCGCCCCAGCUCGGCUCCCUGACGCAGACGACGUGAUGGACACGCCCCAUAAUACAGAUUCGAACCAGCACGCAGACUACCACCGAACAGGCGAGAAUGGCGACCAGGAGUACGAUGUUGAGGACGUGCUGAAGUGCGAGUUGCGCGAAGGGGGCAUUUUCUAUGUGUUGAUUAAGUGGGACGGCUAUCCCCACGACGCCAACACGUGGGAGCCUCUCGAGAACAUCUCCUCGCCCUACUUCCGGCGCAAGGCUGAGCGUCUUAUAAGCGACUACCUGUAUCGGCGGGCGGAGACCUUCGGUGUGCGGCUGGCGUGCGGCCUCGCGCGCGAGUCGCCCUUCUUCGUUUGGGCUUCGGACGACGAGGACGAAGAGGAGAAGGCGCAGAUGCGCAGACAAGAUGAACUCGACCUGCAGGCAAUUCUUUUGGUGCGCAAGCUGUCUCUAGCGAGUCCGUGCACCGCCUCCGCCUCUUCGGCGCCGUCGCGGGCUUUGUCGUCGCUGCCCUCGCCGGCCUCGGCGCCCUCGUUGCCAGCGCUCACUCCCGCGGCUCCUCGCGCGGAGCCAGGCAGCGAGCGCAGCUGCCAGCGUGACGGGGGUGCUGAUCCGACGCAUGGAGAUGAAAAGUUGAGACUCAGGGGGUCCGCGCGUCUCUCCGCUUCGCGGGAAGAGGAGACUUCGCUUCUUCCGGAGGGACCGGAGGACGCGUCUCCGCUCGUCGUCGAGUGUGCCUCUCCGGAAGCAGAGGAGAGCGGCCGAGAACCGGCGCCUCCCGUCAUCUGCUUGAGCGACGAAAGCCACGACGAGAGGCGGCCGGGGUCGGCGGAGACACCCGAGUUUGUGCAGGACGACGAGCCCGCGCUGGCGUCGUCGUGCACUCCCGCGAUCUCCUCUGUCUGGCCUUCGCCCCUGAACGCAGAGAGUGUUGCCUUCCCCGCCGAAAUGGCGGCACGUGAUGUCGCUGUGACCUGCUCCUGCGACGCUUCGUGUGCCGCGCCCGCACCGCCUGCAGAAAGCCGGCUGGACGCGGGAGGGGCCGAGCGCGGCGUGAAAGACGCCGGCGAAGGCCCUGGGCUCUUUGGAAAGGAGGCGGCCUCUGCGGGAGGCGACGCAAAGGGUGGAUUCAAGGAGCCAACGUUUCCGUCUUCUUUCUUCAUGAAAUCUCCCGCAGAUGCCGCUGCGCGUGCGCAGCAGUCCGCCGGCUCGAGGGGCGAGGCCGCCGCAGGUGUCUCGGCUUCGGGCCUGAGUGGGCCGCCGCCGCCGCCGCACUGCGACGCUCCAGGUUCUCCGCAAGUUCCUUCAAUCGCCUGCCGCGCGUCCAGAGGAGGCACAGGCGGGCAAAAGGCUGGACGCAUCGAGCGCGGGAGCGACGCAGAGGCGCUGGCUCUGUCGCGUUCCCCACUUCGUCGGCGGAGGGAGUUUUUUCUCAACGAGACGGCGACCGCAGCGUCUCCGCGGCGCUCGGAAGGGUCUGGAGGCGUAUCCGGCGAGUCGCAUGACGACGGCGCCACACCGGCGGCCGUCGCGCACGCGGGGGAAGAGACGCGCCAGGAACCCUGCGACUCGUCCCGUCAUCCGGCUCCGGCGGAGACGUUUGAGAGGGCGUCUUUAGGAGACGCGCCUUCUCCGGCACUCUCGCCGCUCUGGACUCGGCCGCUUGUUCCCGCGAAGGAGGAGCCCUCUCUGUCUUCAGCACACGAAGGCGAGCACACCUCCUCGUCGCAUGCGGGAGGCCGAGGCGGUGACUCAGAUGCGCUGGCGCACAGGCAGGAAGAGCCCGAGACAUUUUGGAAGGGAGGGCGAGGGAGUGAAGGCGAGGCUCCGGCGGGGGGGCAGGAGACGCCAAGCGAGCCGGGCACUCGGGCGGGCAGCAGCAUCGAAUCAGACCCGUGUUCAGUUGUCAAAACGGAUGACCCCGAGGGGUGCUGCGACGGAGAGGUGGAAUUGCGCGACGAUGCUCUAAUCAGCUUCCGCAGCGGGGCUUGCUGGAGGCCGCCCCCGCUUCGUGAGGUGCCCCGUGCGACACUGGCGGCCAAGCAGCGGUCCCCCCGCGACGUACAGGCUCCGCAGCCUCGAGGUAAAGGAGGCGAAGGCGAGGGGGGAGAGGGGGAAGCGAACGAAGCCUGGUUCGCCGCGUCCGCGUCGUCACGACUCGCAUUCCGGCGGCGCAAGGCAUUCUUUGGACAGGACGCCGCAGCCGUAGGCUGGUCGAGUUCUUCGGCGGCCUUUGGGAGCAAGAGCGACGCUCAGAAGGAUUCCCCAGGCGCCUUCAUCCACGCGGGAGAGGACAAGCUCUGCUCACGUCGCUGCGACCCCGCGAUUGAUGGAAAGCAGUUGUUCUCGGCGGGCGGCCCAGAUCACCCGUCAGCCGAGAGGGACGCGCAUGCGUCGCGGCUUCCCGAUGUGCGUGGUGUGGAUUCUUCGGGGCUUGAGAAAGAGCCGCGAGGCAACUCGCCCGGAGGAGGCUCCGGCCGAAAGUGCAGCGACACAAAGUGCACGGAUUUGCUAGCGAAGUCUCCGUGGAGUGCGAGACCGGGCGGCUGGAGCGACGCGACGCCUUGCGGAGGACGCGAGGGAGACGCGCAACAGAUCCACGUCCGCGCGAAGAGGCAGGAUGACGUCUUGCCGUCCUCCAUAGUUCGGUGUGACCUGACGAAGGAGGGCUGGGUGCGGCCUAGUGAGGAGGGCGAAGUGCAAAAAACGCUUCACAGCUGGUUUAUUCCUUCGCCGUCGCCGGCGGCCCUGCCUCCGGUCCCCCCGCCGCUCCCUGCACUCGCGCCGCACCGGCCCCUCGCCCUCCUGCCCCGUUUCAGCAAGCGCGACUGCGACGAUGACGCAGACCGAGAGACAGAUCGGCGGGUGCGACCGGAGGCUGGUGCGCCUGCAGGCCGCGUGCCCGACGGGCGAGGGGCCUCGAGGCCCGGUGCGGAGCUGCGGAGAUCCGGCGCGCCAGUCGAGAGCGACAAGGCGGAAACUGCUGAACGACGGCGCGGCAGUGCGACGGCGCGGCGCCUAGAGCCCCCGACGACGUGCGAGGCUGCAGACAAGCCGCGCGGGCAUGCGCUGGACGCUUGCGCCGGGGGGCGCGGCGAAGCCAGUAGAGAGGCGCACGGAGCUCAGAUCUGGCACAGAGAGAGAGACGCGGCCUGGUGGGAACGACGCGAAGCUGAGAGAGAAGGGCGGUUGGACGGGCAGCCUGCGAGCUACUGCCGGGGAGAGCAACGCCUCAGCGACGCCUCGCAGGAGAGGUUGGCCUUCCCCGAGGGGGAUCGACGGGGGGGGCAGCCCGACAGCGGAAGGGCGCGCGACGCACACAGGGCCGCGGAGGAACGCCGGCGAGGCCCCUUAGCGCAUGGCGACUCGGAGCGGCGCAGCCCCGAGGUUCGCAGCGCCCCCCGGCGGCGAUGCGAUAACGCGAGGGAUAUGCGUCCGCGCUCGUCAACGUCGCCGCCUCGCGGCGGUUCACCUUUCAUGGAUCGACGAGACCGAGCAGCGCCAGGAAGCUGGGGCCGACGGAGAGAUUCACCCGAGCGCAGAGACUGCGAGGGGGGACGCAGACGCAGCAGCGAUGAGGAAGGGCUUGAGAGAGACUGGCGCGCCGCCCAGUUCACAGACCGCGACCGAAGGAGGCCCGAGGGACGCGGGGAGGCGGAGACUCUUUGCGCUACUCGUGCGCCGCGACCGGCGUCUUUCGCGCCAUCCGACUACCCGCGCGACUCAUCGCCGUCGUUCCGCUCGCCGCCCAGCUCUCCGCGCGCCUCCUCUCGUACGAUUCCGCCCUCCGUCGCGUGGUCUUAUAGGGGUUCAUUCGCGUCGGGCGCGUCUGCGCCGUCGCCGAGGUCUGCGCGGUCUUCGCACCCGGGCGCCUCGGCGUCUUCGGCGGUGACGCACACUCAAGACACGUGCGCCUCUGCCUCUGCGGCGCCGGUGCCGCCCACCGAGUCGUCUCGCGCGUCUCCGCCGCGCGUACCUGCUUUGCUUGUCGCUGCGUCAUCGGCCGCUGACGCGCCUUCGGCGUCUUCCUCCUGCGCGCCUGCCUCCUCCGCGCCUCGCGCCUCCUCUCCCUCUCCGUGGGACGUCAUCUGUCUCUCCGACUCCUCGCCGUCGCCCAGUCCCAGCAGACCAGCGGUGCGGCGGCGGAGGCCGCGGCUGCGGCGCCGCCGCCCGCCGCGGGGGGAGGACGAGCGAAGCGCGACCGGCGCGAGUUUUCCUCAAACGCGUCGUCCCCCGUCUUCCUGCCGGCUGCCGCAGCUUCGUCCACCCCGCUCCUCACCACAGGGCUGCGCCGCGGCUUCGGCGAGGCCUUCCAAGGCCAGGGGGGGGAAGCACGACUCACAUCGUCCGCAGGGCGAGGCGCCUUCCGAGGCUUCGGAGACGCUCGAGGGUACGCCGCGCACCUCGCCGAAAUCUGCAGCGGGUACGGCUGCUCCGUCAGUGGCGUCUCCGCCUCCUGGCGCGUCGCGUCCAUUCUCUAUCUCGCGGGCGAUCUUCAUCGCGCUUUCCGGGGGGGGGAGCACGUGUUGUGUUGUUGAGGCUGCGGCGCCGUCCGCAGCUACGGCGUCCCUCUCCGUGGAGUCGUCCUUCGCCGGCUGCUCGCGUUCGCCGUCGUCCUCGUCGCUCUCUGCUGGGCCUCUGCCGCUGGCGUCUGCAUCGGGCGUUGCAGCGGAGACGGCGGGCGCGGCGCGCGUGGGUGCGCGCCCUUUGCCUACUGCCUUGCCGCACUCCUCUGGUUCGUCUUCGUCUUUGUGCGCGGCUUCGCCGCCGCUCCCAGGGCGUGUCUCGCCUUCCGCGGCCUGCGGGUUUCCUUCAGCGUCACCCGCCUCUCCGGCGGCCGAGUGCAAGUCUCCAUGCCCCUCUGGGGCGCAUGCACCUCUUUCAUCCCCGUCUCCCCCGCCUGCGCGGCCGCGGCUGCCUGACGAAUCCUCGGUGCGCAGGCGAACUCCGCCUCGGGAUCCACCAGCCGGCGCCUCGACCGCGGCCGCUGCAGCUGCGCCUCGACGGGAGACACGCCCGGCCCCGCGGCAGGCUUCGGCUCCUCGGCCUCAGUUCGCUCCGCUGCCGCCUUCUGUUUCGGCGCCGACAAGCCACAAGCGCGCGGCGGCGACGCCUACAGGUCCCCUGCAUGCGGUCGGAGGCGACGCGAAGCGGAAGAAGUGCCUGGCGGACGAGCGCGGCAAGCGGCCCAGAGCGCCCUCCCCAGUCCCGCCGAUGGACUCCAUGACGCUGCUGACGAGGGAAAUUCUAGCGUUCGUUCUGCCACGCCCCGCAUUCAUCGGCGAAGUCGCGCGCGUGACCCGCCGCGUGCCUCUGGGACUGCAAGUGAGCGUUCCUUCGGCAACGGCGGGUGUGACGCACGCGUGGAGUGACGGUGUUUGCGCGAGCGCCGACUGCGAAAACGCCAAAGGCGGAUUCGAGAAAGGGCUCCCUCACGGCGCCAUGCCCCCCCCUGUCUCUGUCAGAUGCUUCUGCGCCGGCCUCGGUUCGUUCCAGGCCUCGUAUCUCCCCGCGGUCCACAAGGAUCUGGCUGACCUCCUCGAGGCCCUUGGCUGCGUCGACGCAUGCGUCCCCUGCCGCUGCUGCAAGCAGCUGAGUCACGCCUGCAGUCUCGCGUGGCUCUGCGAUUCCUCGAAGCGGCUGCGCAUAUCCCCAACCGCGAUUCGGACGCCAAAUCUCUCGCGGUCCCCUUCCCUUGACGGCUGGUUCCCCGCCCCUCCUGCAGCGGCACCCUCGGGCGCGCAUGCGUCGCCGUUCUCCACGAGCGCUGCGGCCGCUCCCGCUGCUUGUCCUGAGACCGUCGGCGCCUCGGGCCCUCCCGCGGCGGGCAUGGCACAGCCGGACAGGAAGCAGGCGGGAGACGACUCGAUUGUGCGUCGCCGCCUGCUGCUGCAGGGGACGGAGCAGCUCUUCAGCCGCCCUUGCGUGCGCCAGGCCGCCAUGCCUAUCGGCUGGAUCCCAGGCGCGUCUCGCGUGCCGCAGACGCGCCCCGGAGCCGCGCCAGUGGAGGGCCUCGCGUCUGCGUGUCCUGCUGCGGCGACGUGUGCGUCGCGCCGUUCUUCGCUCUUUGCCGCGCGCGAGGCUUCAGGUCAACCUCCGCUGCCCACACCGCCGGCGAGGCCUUCGCUUGCUCCUCAUGCUCUUGCGUCGUCGCCCCCGUUGCCGUCGAUGUCGUGGAUUCCUUCGUCGUCUGUUGUCCCUGGGUCCUGCUCGUCUUUGCACGCUCCGCAGUCUUCUGCGGUAUCACCGUGUACGCCGUCUGCCGUCCCUCCACCCUCUGCCUGUACUGUGUCUCCCUCGACGACCUCUCCGAGCCGUUCGGCCUCGCCUUUUUUUUCUUCUUCUGCAGCAUGCCCAGCUGCAGCUCCUCUGUCUGCGUCGGCGCUUCCUCUGACGGCCUAUCCGUCGGGGCAUAUCGCAUGCGCUGCGCCGUCUGUCGUCCUUUGUUCUGCUUCGUCGGGCGCUCCGUCUCCUUCUGCCUCCCGACUGUUUCAGCGCCUUCCUUCUGCGUUGCCUGCAUCUCCUCCGCCCGCGUCUCCGUCGUCUUCGCGGCCGCAGCCAGCUUCCUGCUCUCCUGUGCCAGAGUGUCCUGCAGACCCUGCGCUGGCGUCUUCGUGGGGGCUCGACCGGGCGGGUUCUGUGCCUCUGCAUGCUCCGCCUCUGGCGUCUCUCUCUCUCUCUUGUGUCCCUGCGCUUUCGCGGCUGCGGCCGGCAGCGCCUCUUCCGUCGCCCGUCGUCCAGGAGUGUCUCCUUCGCUACGCUACGCCAGCGCUCGCCGUGUCGGCUGUCCCGCCCUCGGACUCUGGAAGGGAAGGGGCGUCGGCGUCGGCGCCGCCGCCACCGCACACCCAGCUUGCGCCUCUGUGCGGGUCGCCGCCUUUCCUCGCGUGUCUGUCUCUCCUGUCGUGCGUGCGGCAGUCUCCCCCGUCGGUUCUGCUUUCUGAGUUUCUCCUGUCCCAGUCGUGCCGCCACGGCGCCGCUCUCAGCACGGCCACGGGCUGUCGCCGGCUGUCGCUUCCGCUUGCCGGAGGCGCGGCUGAGGCGUCCUGCGAGUCGGCUCGCGCGUCGCCUUCUUUGGAGUUUGCAGGCGCGGCCCCCGGCCGAUCUGCCCUGCCCGGAGUCUCCGCGGCGGGUCCUCCGCGCAGCCCAGAGUCGAGCGGCCCUGCCCCGGGAACGGCUGAUGGCGCGGACAGCAGCGACGGAACGAAACCUCCGUUCUCGCCGGCGUCCUCACCGCAGGACUCUAUCUGGCUGCCAAGCAGCAAGACGCACAUGGCUCCACAUACUUCUCUGAGUUUGGCGCCAGACCGCCCGCGAUUUCUCUGCGGCAUCUGCACGCUCCUCCUGGCGCUCUCGCCGCUUCCGCUUCCCACGCGCGUCUGCGCCGCGCGCACGCUGGCCGCGCCUUUCACGCACUCGGUCGCGGCUCAGGUGGUGCUCUCCGAACAUGCAUUGAUGCCUUCGUCGGCUCUGUCGGCCUUUUCAGGGCCUGCGUGCGCAUCGACUUCGUCUCCCUACGCCUCCGUCUCUGUGUCCUCGCAGUGCCCUUCCCCCUCUGUUCCCUCCUCAGCUCCUCAGCCGUCCGCCUCUCCGCCUGACAACUGGUGUCGCACUUCUUCCGCCAAAGCGGAGGGAGCGGUUCGAACGCGGUCUCGGCGCGUGUCGCUGUGCCGGUUAGGGUUUCCUGUCACCGAACAGGAACUGGCAGCAGCGCUUCGCACCUCAUGGGGAACCCGCCGAGACAUGCAGCAGGUGCCGACCUUGCACAUCCUGUCAGGCCGCGCGGCGAGCCGGGCGCCAGCCCCGCGCUCGUGUCCCCUUGUGGGUGGCGGAGACAAGAGAGACGCGGGCGGGCCCAGUUUUGUGGGGUGUGGGGAGGCGGAGACAGGAGGGGCGCACGGAGGCGCCUGGGCCCCCAACCCCUCGGAGCGCAUGAGAAGUCUGUCCACAGAAGAGGAACAAGGCUGUUACCUGGCUUCAUUCCAUAUGAAUCCCACAGACACGGACAGCGACCCUUACUUGCAGUUUCCUCUGUGCAUGGCUACCUCAAUUAACCGAACCUCCGCCGAGUCUCAUGACCUGCGUCCGCCUUUCACUGCGCGCUCUUCAGGCAUGCGUGUACGCGUCCAGCCCGAUGCGGCGUCCGUGAAUCUUCUGAGGCUGCGCGUGCAGAGGGAAACGGGGAUGAAGAAGGGCGACGCGCGUCAGAUGCUCUGGAUUCGCUACCUUCUGCAGCACGAGCUCACGUGGACGCGACACGCGAGCCGCGCCGUCUCUCCUUUUGCCGCGGCCGCGGCGCCGGCAGUCGGACUUCCCACACUUCUUCGCGGGGUUCUGCGCCUGCAACAUCUCUGCGCGGUGCACGAAGGCAGUUGCCUCGUUUGCUCAGUUCAGUGCAAGCAUUUAGUCCCGUUCUCGAUUCGCCUUUACUUGUGGCGAAAUCUCGCGUUGUGGGAGACUAUGGCGCGAAGUGCAUCCGGCAUUGCGCUCGACUCAGCGAAGCGCCACACGCAGCCUGAGCCUGCCCGCGGCGGAGGGCAGACCGCCAGUUCCGCAGGCGCGAUGAAGGAGCUUUGGGACGUGACGUUGGAGCGCCUCUUUCUGAAGGGUGGGUUCGCGCUGAAGCACGCUGCGAAGGAGAAAAUCGAAGCGCACGAAGCGCAGCUCUCGAUGCCGCGCGGCAAAAAGUACCUCUGGCUGUGCCCCGUGUGUGGAGUCUCCACGACGCCUUGCGAGCUCCUCGUCGAUCGGCUUCUUCAAAAGAAGCUCCUCGAAAAACACCCGGAGCUGACUACACUCUUCAAAGGCCAAAGGGUGCUGACGGAAGACGAAAGGGAGAAGCACGUGCUGCUUGAGAUAGCUGAACCUCGCAGAGGCUGUAUUGCGCUUUCGGUUGAGAUUGCGGAUGAGCGCCCAGCAGGGGAGCUGGCGUUGCGCACCGCCUACUCGAACUAG